AUGGCUAUGCCCGAACCGGCCCCCGGCUACAACGGACCGCGCUACGCACAGGCAAGCGAUGUCAACGAUGCGUGGCUCCAGAGGCUCCUGCAGUGCCAGCAGCAGGGACAGCUCCUUCCCAAGAAGGACGCAUAUCUGCUUGUGUUGGAUGUGAUCCGACAGCUCAAGAGCGAGCAGACCCUGGGCCGGAUCCAGGUGAAUCCGGGCCAGAAGGUCACGGUGUUCGGGGACAUCCACGGCCAGUAUUUCGACUUCAUGAACAUGCUGAGCAUGACCGGCAUGCCUUCGGUCAAUACGCCCUUCCUCUUCAAUGGGGACUUCGUUGACCGAGGAUCCUGGUCCGUGGAGGUCAUCACCAUGAUCUUUGCCAUGAAGAUGCAGAACCCGAAUGCCAUCUUCAUGAACCGCGGAAACCACGAGAUGUUGGAGGCCAACAUGAUCUACGGCUUCGCCGGUGAGGUGGGCAGCAAGUACGAUCUGGACCUCUUCAACCUCUACUCAGAGUCCUUCCGAAACCUUCCCCUGCUUCACCUCGUGAACAACCAAGUCCUGGUUGUCCACGCCGGCAUCCCGGGCCCCCGGCCGCGCGUCUGGCUGCCUGGCCAGACCCACGACCCCGAGGACGCCGUGCCGGUGAACCUCCAAGCGUGCACCUUGGCGGAGAUCGCCUCGGUAGACCGUUACACGGAGCUGACGCCCAAUUCCUACAAGGACGCAGUCGAUGAGGCCCCGAGGAAGGAAGAGAAGUGGGAGACGGACACCCGCAUGAUCAUCGACUUCCUGUGGUCUGACCCUCGAGGCGGCUCUGGCUAUGGCCCUUCCUACCGCAAAAGCCGCGGUGUCUUCAUGUUCGGCCCCGAUGUGUCGGAUCAGUUUGUUCGGGAAAACAACCUUAAGCUCGUGAUCCGCUCGCACGAGGUCAAGGCAGAGGGCUACCUUAAGGACCAUCCAUCGUUGAUGAGUGUGUUCAGCGCGCCGAAUUACCUGGACACCGGAGGCAACAAGGGCGCCUUCCUGCAGCUUUCUCCGGGCCCGGAUGGGAACCUCCAGGUCACGCCAACCAGUUUCACUGCCGUGCCGCAUCCGGACUUGCCACCGAUGUACCAUCAGAACUACAUCGCGGAGAACCAUCCUCACCUGACACGGCAGAUGAAGAAGAAGCAGGCGCCGAAACUUUGA